GCUGAUUGGCUACCAUGCACAGCUGCAUCAAAUUCUGAGUGCACAAGUUUUAUGUACAUGGAGCCAGGAGCGGACUGACAACUCAUGGGGCCCCCGGGCAAUAGGGGUCAUGGGGCCCCUGUGUCCUUGCCCAAACUCAAAAAAGCCUAUGAAAAAGGUACCAAGAGCAUCUCAUGGGGUCCCCUACUGACCUCGGGCCCUCGGGCAGUGCCCGAGUUUCCAAAUGGUCAGUCCGCCCCUGCAUGGAGCCUUACAGUUACAUUUUCAGGGCAA